CGCUCUUAUAUAUAGAAGCAGCUUUACUUGUCCGCGGUCUUUCGCGGUAGAACGGGCGCGCGCGCGCGCCACUGUUGAACGAAGGGAAAACGGCAAAACAAAGCAGCCGUCGCGCGGACUCGCGCCGCCGAGACGGGACACGUACGCGACAUACGUUCAGCAGCAAGAAAACGCCGAAUUCUCGUGGAAGAUGUAACGACUCUGCGACGCCUUCUCGCAAGAAGGGAGGAGAAAACGGCGAGGGCGACAGGGGGGCGAGAGAGAGCGCAGUUGUUAGCAGCUUCGCGAAAGGGGAGACGCUUCGCUACCGGUGGACCGACCAAGCGGAGGGAAGUUUAUGGCGUGAAGCGUCAUCGGCGCGGAAACUCGCCCAUUUUCUUCGCGGAGGAGUGACACUCGGCUAAACAGUCAGAAUGAUUGGUGCUAUGCCGGCGGUGGCCGUCCGUCACGAACGUAGGAGGCAAGAAAAAAGGUUGAAACGGCCGAGUCAGCUUUAUUUGGGAGGACAAUGGCUACCACCCCUUCAGGGCUCACCACCCACCCCCAGUUCGCACGGACAUAACAAUUUAGAGUCCUUGCCUGAGCUCUACUUAUGCGGCAAGAUAUCUGGGCUGCACGCCGUGGUUGUAUGCCUGUUGUUGGGCGCGGUGGUGCUCGUGGUCGGUCUCGUUCAACUUGCCCCGGGUGCAACGACCACCAACCACAGAAUGGCGUUACUCGUAGCAGGCGCUGCCCUACUUAUACUAGGUUUUAUUCUUGCGGGCGUAAGAUGUUACGUGUUACAUUGCGUAUCGCUUCCGGUUGAGUCGCCGGUCGCGACGCCUAUUCCACCACCGACGAGUGAGCAAGCAGCCGCUGUGCCUAAAGGCACCCUGGACCUCCUGGUGGGCCAUCAGGAUCAACCGGAAACUGACGCUCUGAUGCAGCAUCGGGAACAUCAUUACCAUCAACAUCAACAUCACAAUCAUCAUCACCACAACAACCACAAGAAGAAACGCAGUUCUCAGGGCUCGCAUUCCGAAGAGGCCUAAAAUUCGCCGCGAACGAAGAGGGACGGGUUGUCAUGGUGUCUGUUCGAUGAUCGCGGGUCGAGUUUGUUAGCGAGAAUAUCGACUUGCACGAAAACAGAUAGACAAAAUUUCUUACGGAAAAAAAGAAGGAUAACUUCUUAUCGUAGCAUCAUAAAAACGUAUACAGAGUUUCCCAGAAAAGAAUCGACACUUUAUUUAAUAACAUGAGACAUCGACAUUUCGAUACGGCCGACACGAGUGAUCUUCCCUUCGGCUAAAAGUGACCGACGAGUUACUAACGGUGCGAACGAACGAUCAAACACCACCGAGAUUUCUCCAAUUGCCGAGAGCAAGCACGACGCUGGGAUAUUCUGUAUAUAUCCUGUACAUAUGCCACUGUGUAUAGAAUAUAGCACGAGAGUACAGAGCGGCGGUUUUCUAUCUCAUCUAAAAAACAAGUAUCACGAGAUACUUUUCUUCUCGUAGAAAAAAAUGAAUGUUUCGUUUUCCGAGGCAUAAAAUAGCAUCCCUUUGGGAUGAAUCUGAGAUUUGAUCCUUAACGUUCUUUUAUAGCACAAAGAAAACUGAUAAACUGAUAAGGUUUUGGUGAAAUACCGGCGAAAAUCUACGUACAUUAAUAUAUAUAUAUAUAUAUGCAUAUAAGUAUGUAUGUAUAUGUUGGGUCAGUCAAAAAAUUCGGUUCGACUUUUGCGUCAAAUUUGACUUUAUUGCAUUCAGUGAAAACAAGUAAUCAAGUAAUCGUUGUCUAUGAUACAGACAUUAUCAACACUGUUGCCCGUAUUGCAUAUAAAUUGACUUAAAAAGUUAAAAAUCGAACUUUUUGAUUGACCCAAUAUGUAUGUAUGUAUGUAUGUAUAAAUGUAUGUAUGUGUGUGUACAUAUACGUCGUACGACAUAACUAUUUACGUUGCAAUGUUAUAAUAUAUGCUGAAAAAAGUGCACUUUCCUAUCUGAUACCGGGAAUUCGAUAUAUCUAAUGACGUUCUUUUUAUCGCACGUAAGAUUCCUAGGCAAGUUUCAUAAAAAGGAAAUAUUCUAAAUCUAUCGAUUUAUACGGAGUGGUUCACGCGAUUCGUUUUACUGAGAAAGAGUGAUGACGUUACACAAAAAGAUAAGACUCAAAACUAGAAUGAGAAUUUUUUUAACAAGAUUUCGUUUUUACGAAAAUUGAUUUUACAAAUGAGAAAAUAAUAUUACAGUACUAUGACGACUAUAGUCGGCAUUAAGGGCGAAAGGAUUAAUGUAGGAUCAUCGUCUUUCAAAUUGUGCUACUAUUGAACGAACCAUUCUGUACAGAUCGUAUUUAUUUAAUUCGAAGAUCACUAUAGGAAUAGUGUAUGGAGGAGUAGCAUAGACGAAAAGAUAUCGCAAAUAUCUACUUGAUUGAUCUCACGCGCGCGUUUUAUCUUCGAUACUUCCGACGGAAAAAAACCUCGUAGAAAAAUAACAUCUUUCCAUAAAGUUCGAUUUCUUUUUUUUUUUUAGAAGAAAGAGGGCCAAAAAGACAAGCAGCGGCGAUGUCUACAGAGAAAAACGUAGGACACGAUAAUAAAGAAAAAAAAGAGGAAAAAAGACAUGUCGAUGUCGACAUCUAAUAAUUUAAUUAACGAUAAGACUUUUUCAGCACUCGCGCACUAAUUAGCGACCUCGAUGUUAUUUCUUCCAGAAAGAUCUUGUGCUUAGUAAACCGGGAAAGAUGUUACUCGACUGUUACUAAAACGAUCUCGCAACAUGACAGUCAUGAGUCAGUGACUGAACGAAGUGCGUCUUUUGCAUAACAAGGAUACAUGUACAUUAUCUUUGUACACUCGAUAAAAACUAUUUAUACUAUAAGCGACAGCAACAAAAAAAAGUUUGUGCCUGCACGCGGAGAAAGCUUCGUCCGAAUCUGUCAAAUUGACGAAACAAUCGACAAUUAUUUGUGUUCGUUUAAACACGCAGAUCUUGAGUGAUUUCAUCGACGACUGUAAUGGCUGCGUAAAGCACAGACCGGUAUCGCUGGCAUCGCAACAUUUAAUCUUGUUCUCUUUACGAACGUACGAGGCGGUACAAUUAUUAUUCGCGUCGUGCACUCUACAUAUAUAUAUCUCUCCGUACAACGUGCACUAUAUCAUAUAGCGAAGGGUUUUCUAGGCGCGAGUUUUCAACGAAAUGUUCUCCGCGAGGGUAGUUCUCAGCGCGCGGAUACACGUUCGUCUAUUGGGGUCCACUUAAUAAAGUUAUCGCGCGGAAUUAUAAACACUAUAUGCUCUCUACACACAGUUACGAGAUGUUUUACAAAACGACACACGUACACAUUAUAGGGAUGACUCCCUAUAACGCGGUUGCGUUGCACCCCGUUCUUUCGUUCACCUAGGCAGUAAUGUACAGUAACGUAAGACGAGUGAGAAGAGGAAGGCAGCACACGCGUGCACGCACGUAUGCACGCGCAUGUAUGUAGGAUGUAUACACGCACCGUAAUCUAGCAUUAGCGGCUACGAUGGAUCGAUGAUGGCCAAGUCGUCCCUAAAUGAAUAUUUAAAUUUACGUAUCUAGCUAUGUAUAUGUAUAUAUAGAUAGCUAGAUAAAUAAAUUUCAGAUCAUCGAGGCGAUGGUCCGUUGCAUUAACGCGCGUUGCGGCUUUAGUUGCACCAUUCUCUAGUGACGAGUCUAAGGAGAGUAGAUAUCGCUCCUUUAGACACAGGGAUCCCAGCUAUAACGUUGCCAGAGAUAGAGAACUAAGCGGGUGAUCGACAUUGGUGCAACCAGUCUUGAAUGAAUAGCGCCUUUGCCUGAUGGUGAAUCGGAUGAGGCAUACGCGAAUACGAUUCACGUACGAUGAAUCAUGAAAGUUGGAGAUACUCAUCCGAGAAUCCGUGUAUAAAUAAGUGCUUAACUUUCAUGUCUCUCUGGACUUCCCGAACACGCAGUUUUGUUUCCCAGCUAACGAUAAGGUCAAUGUAUCUAACGGCUUACUUCUUGAAGUUGAGACGUUUCUUCAAACUGAAAGUACUUAUUUCGCGAUAAGCGAUGGUUGAGAAAAAUCAUCAUUUUUACGCGUUUUAAAAGUUUCAAGUAAUUUAGAGUUUCAUCAUACGCGCGUUAUCGGAUCAGCCAAUUUUAGCAGCUUUCCAGCCCGGAGAAGCAAUUACGAUUCACGUUGAAUUCGAUUAUUUUAUCACGUGCGCAUUUGCAUCUUUUGCGAAAAUGUAUCGUGUACUUUAUUAGGUCGCUUGAUUUCACAGUGUACGACCGUUAUAAUUACAAUUAUUAUAUAACAUUAUUUAUCAUAAUUAUUAUAAUAUUAUAACGAUUUAUCGGGAAUCCAUUUGUACGCACAUCGCGCACGGUUUUUGUUUAAUUGAACAAAAGAAUACUCGAAGUAUAUACUCAGUAUAUGUACUCGGUCGAUACUUUUGAAAUCGGAGCGCCUUCCACAGUGAUUAAAUAUUCCCUGCGACUCGCGAAGCAUGAAAAUUAGUUUAAAACGCUCGUCGCGGCUUUCCACGCGUGAAUCCCUCUGUCAGCGAAUGUCUUCAUUCGUCGAACGUAUUUGUAAUACAUCGCGGCACAAGAGAGCGAGGCAUUUAAAGAUUUAAAACAAAGAUGUAUAAUUACUGUUAACUAUCUAAGGAUCGCAAAGCUAAAAACUGCGCAUCGCAUUAGGAAUUACGCACGCGUUAUUCAUCGUCACACAUUUACGCAGUGGUGCGUCAUAAUGCGCGCUUGUCACGCAUCAUCUUUUCCUAUCUAAGUUAGCGUCUUGUGUAGCGCGUCCCCUGUUAGACGGGAUAUUUAAAAAAGCAAGUUAGCGUAUAACGUAGCGUUUCUCGCGCGGCGAUAACCGCGCUACGAAAGUUAGCUGUUACAUUUAGAGCACGACUUGUACGUUCAUUUGGGGUAGUUCUCUCCCCGCGUGUAGCAUACUCUCGUUGCUGGUUACUCCGAGAAGAUCGUUCGGCCCGUUUCGUUACCACGUUUCUUUCAAGAUGACAGGUGCCAAUCUCGUGUAAAUCGCAAGAUGCAUAAAACGGUACUAUCGUUGCCUGCUGUAGAUCCGAGAGCGGAUCGUUACUUUCGCUUUUGAAUGCGCUUACGGGAUACUAUACGCCGCGUUCGUACGUCACACGUGUCCGCGAAUUAAAACGCGAAAACGAGGAAAGAGGACUGAAAGAGGAGAAAGUCAAGCGAGUCAGAAGUUCAUCGUUAUUUUAUCGCGAUCGAUCGAAUAACAAGGUUUUAAUUGUAAUUAGAGCUUGCGCGUAUGCGAGUGUGAGUGUGUGUGGUGUGGUGUGGUGUAUAGUGUGUAUGUGUGUCCACAUUGGGAACGGGCAAAUUACUCCGAGGUGAUGCGGAUCCGGCGCACCAAAGGGAACUCUUUUGCGUUUUUUCGUUCUGUGAUUCAUGAACGCGCAUACGUAUGGCGAGCGGAAGUCCCUCGCUAAACUGAAAAACAGUUCGCCGAAAUGUCCGCGGUCCGGGAACUCGAAUUUCCUCUUCUUGGUUUUCCGUAAGUUUCCUACCACGAAGCUGAAGAACGGUUCGCGAAACUGCGUUUCUGCGACACGCGCGAUAAUCUCGUUGUGAUUUUCUACAGAUUUCGUAUCUUUUUUUUAUACGUAUACGUGCACCAUGUAUUAUCUUUUAUAUGCGUAUUCGCGCGUCUCUUUCUCUUUCUAUUUUCGGCUCGUCGCACGCGAGUGCAAAUUGACGCAAGAUUGACGCGGCUUCUCGUUUGAUAAUUUUAUCAUAACGUUCCAUAUUUACGCUUGGUACGAAUCGCGCGUUACCUCGACGACCAAUUAUGAAUGACGAGUGAGGGAGGUGAGGGUGGCUGGCGGCAGGCGAAAUUGCGACGGUGGUGCAAAAGUGCUUUUUUCAGAAAACGAUCUUUCAGAUUUUUGUAUAGACUUAUUAUACAAUAUUAUAUGUAUACACUCUAUCUUCCUGAUACUAUAUUAUAAUUAUACUAUAUUACACGCGCGGACAGCGCUGUAUCAGCAAACUAUAAACGUUUCGUUCGCGCGAAAACGGGCAAACGAUAAUUAUUAUGAAAGUUUCAUUACAUGAUACUCUCUUGCCCGAAUCUGUCUUGUGAGACGCGAGCUAGCUCCCUGCACGUGCUCGGCAGCGAUUGUUGCGAUUACAUGUCUGAAUAAUCGAGAUAACGUUAAUUACGCGAAUCGCGAGUGUCGGCGAACGAAUGGAAUCGCUGACGCGUCACGUGCGCGGAGACCAUGGGCGAUAUAACCCUGUAUGUGAUUCUACAUUAAGCAAAAAACUGUAAGCAAAGUCAACUCUAUCGCUAUUUUAACUUUCAGAGUUUAAUAAAAUGUUUUCAC